CAGUUUUUAUAGAUCAACGGGAAGGAAGAGAAGCGAGUCGAGGACAAACUUGGGGAAACUAACCGCUGCGAACUGGAUAGCUGAAGGAAGAGGACAGAGCGAGGGAGCUGGAAUGGAUAAACUAAACACAAUUUAAGGAGAUCAAUUCGAACGAGCGACUAGACUUUGUUUCCGUCCGUCUUCUGCCGGCCUCUGACCCGCCAGACCCGAGCUGCUGGUUGCACACCAACACAGAGUAAUUUUCUCAGCAUCAGCCAGUUGACCGAUGAAGUCAGCGCUGUAGGAAAGACCGGCGAUGAUCCGCUUUCAGCUUUGCCAGAAGUGUCAGGGCCGUCUCCGUUAAAUCUCAUUGUGUUUGCAGUGGCACAGAGAGUGAGAGAGAGAGUGGGCAGUGUGUAGUAAUCUAAGGAUGACACCCGCACUUUAUUCCAUCAAAUAGUGCUCAGUGAGGUGUGUGGUGCAGUUCGUCACGCUUUGUCUAUACGCUCUAAACACACACAUUAGGCGCUCACAAACACACCGGAUCUACACACUCCAGCAGACCAACAACGAAUCAGGUCCUGACAAUCAGCAGAAUUCUGUCCGGACCUUAAACACAGCAGGCUUUCAGAUUAGUGUGUAUGAGUGAGUGUGUAUCUGGAGUGCACCCAGGCGCUGACUGCACCCAGUGGAGCAUGUUGGAUAGGAAGAGUUAGGCAGGUCGAUGCUGCGCGAUUAUACUGUCUGAUAGCCUGUGAUUAUUCUGAGGUGUCUAAAAUUACCAUGUAAAAUCACUGUCCAUUUACGCUACAGUGUGUACAUGAUAGCGUAUCGACAGCAUUCUAGCAUUCAAGCGAAUAAUGGUAGAUACCUCGUCAGGAUAAUGUGCAAGUCUCUGGGGUAAAAUAGCAGACCAAAUACGUAAUAUCUGGAACUAAAGCUGCAGUUUGCUCAACACCUUCGCAAGUUGGUUAUUCUACACAGGGCCGAGCACUCUUUAUAGAGCAGUGCAUGAGCUCAAUGAAUUUUAUUUAACCUCAGCUAUCUCCAGAUGAGUUGCAGUUGGAUUGUGUCUCCAUCUCUCCAGAGCCCUGGCCAGUGUGGUAAUAGCACAAAGGAGCACCGACUCGUUGUUUUGUUGGGUGAGAAGAGCUGAAAACCUUGUUUGACUCAUUAAAACGCAAUAUGUUUGAGAAUGAACAUUGUUGCCCUAGAUUUCUCUGUCCUUGAGGGCACAGCAUUGUAGAUAGCUCUAUUUUAAAAGUUAGCAUUCAGUCAACGCUAGAUCGGAUAAACUAGAUUUCCUUUGGAGCACACUUUCUCAGGCUGUAUCUGACUGAAAUAUGGCUGUAUUGAUGUUUUCUGUUCCUUGGAGCAGUGUUUUUUGACCUACAGGAGACAAGAAGCAUAUGUUGUUGUGGUUAACUGUGCAAGCUGAUCGUUAGGGCUCCUUUUGCUCGAACUUGCUUGCAUCUCAGUUUGACACUCAUUCAGUUAAUUGUGAAGUUGCCACCACCGAAUACUAUUACUGGUAAAGACUACAGUAUUGCAGGUCUGCUUGGACACCUAUGGUAUUGGUUUUUCUGGUUUAUCGAUCUGAGAGUCUUAGGCUUUGGUCUCAGGAGGCUCAGAGCGCUGUGGUGGAAAAAAAAAAAAUAGCUCGCCUAUCUGUGUUCGCUUUGUUGCCGCUUUGUUUAGAUGGGACGGAAACCCUGGACGGCUUUGAGCUUUUCCCUUUGUAUGGAUUUAAAACAAUACGCGUCGUAAGUUCUUUCUAAGCAACACAAGGUGCUAGUCAACAGAGGAAAUUUGUUGCUCUAAGCUCAUCUCUGUGUGCAUUGUGAUAUAUCGCCUAAAUCGCUCGCUCUGUUAUCGCUCCGAGCUCUGGCCAAACGUCUGUGCACUGCACGCAAGCCCUGGCAACAAGUCAGUCCUAUGUGACUUUGCAGCUAAAGCACUUUCUUUGCAUGCAGCGUAGAACAUAAGAGUGCUCUCUUUAUGCGCUUUCCUCAAACAACAACUUCUGUCUGGUUGCACUAAUGUAAAGCUGAGCAGUUAGCGUGUGCACGUGUCUGCAGCACUGCGGUUGAGAAGAAAUCAGAGUGCACGCGUGUGUGUGCGUGUGUGUGUGUGUGUGUCUGGACUAGUUUGUCUAUAGCAGUGCAGGCAGGGUCACAGAGGAGCCAUUGAUCAAACGCACACGGCCACAUACACAUUCGCACAUAUAUACACACACACACACGACUUCUCAAUACACAAUGAGGCCUGUCCGAAGCUCUGUCCUCUGCCGCCUCCUCCCUGCCCCCUUCUCUCUGGCCCUGCGCAGCCUGGUCCUGGUCCUGCUCUGCUUCACUCCCCAUUGUCAGGCGGUGCAAGCGGAGAAUGUGACAGUCUUGGAGGGAGGUACGGCCCAGAUCUCUUGCCGCCUGCAAAACUAUGAUGGAUCAAUUGUAGUCAUCCAGAAUCCCCGUCGGCAGACUCUUUUCUUCAACGGCACGAGAGCUCUGAAGGACGACCGUUUCCAGAUGGUGCUCUUCACACCACGGCUGGUGCGCAUCACACUGACCAACGUCAGCGUUUAUGACGAGGGCGGCUACUUCUGCCAGCUCUACACGGACGCCACGCACCACCAGGUGGCAACGCUCUCCGUCUCGGUGCCCCCGGAGACGCCGACGGUGGAGGUGAAGCAGGAGGCCGUGGAGGGCGGCGAGGUGGAGCUCACCUGCGUGUCGCCGCGGAGCAAGCCGGCCGCCACCCUGCGCUGGAUGCGUAACGGCCGGGAGAUACCAGGUGUCGUCUCCCAGCAGGACAACGGGAAGACGUUCAGCGUGUCCAGCACCAUCCGCAUCCCGGUUGAAAGGAAAGACAACGGGGCGGCGCUGAGUUGCGAGGCGUUCCACCCCGCACUGAGUGGGCAGAAAAGGAUUCGACAUUAUCGCCUGGAUGUGUAUUUUGCGCCCACAGUGCGAAUUGUUCCUCCUUCUGGCAUUUUGAGAGAGGGCGACUCGCUCAGCCUCACCUGCUCCGUCACUGGGAACCCUCUGCCCAGAAACAUUCAGUGGUCGAAGAUUAAUGACACCUUACCUGAGAGGGCAGAGAUCUCUGGGCCCACUCUUCAGAUCUCUCGUCUCAGCCAAUCACACAACGGGACGUACUUGUGCCAGGCCCAGAACAACUUUGGACGUGCUGCCGAUCAUUACACCCUGUUGGUGUACGAGAAUGUGUCAGUCACUACCAUGGUCCCUCCCACUCCUUCCACCCCUUCCACCCCAACCCUCCUAACACCCAUCUCCGGCCAGGAUCCGAAAGAUCCCGGUGCAGUGGUAGAGACUCACAGUGCAGUACCUUACGCAGUGAUAGGCGGCGUUCUGGCACUGCUGGUUUUCACCGUCAUCUGCGUACUCAUCGUCACCAUCUGGUGCUCCGUCCGACAGAAAGGUUCCUACCUUACCCAUGAGGCCAGUGGGUUGGAUGAACACGGCGAGGUGCAGGAGGCCUUCCUCAACGGGAACGACGCCAGCCAGGGCAAGAAGGAGUACCUACUGUAGCCCUUCUCCUUCCCUAUUCCCUUCUCUUCUGACCUCAUACCCUUACCCUUUCCUCUCCCUGUUUCCCACCUUAUAUACAGUAUACACACACAAACACACACACACACACACACAGACACUUCUAUACAAUGCGCCAUAACAGGCGGCCUUCUGAAAACGACUGUAAACAGAUACUGCACACAGCCAAUCCAUCCCGCUCUAUUCCACUCCAUAUCCUCCAUGCGCGCAUUCACAUAAACCAAGAGACAGACGGAGAAAAUGAGAGCCUCUACACCCACCAGCCAUUAACGACUGUGCCAUAUACUGUAAGUCGGAGAAACUCGGGAAAAUAGAGAGGGCGACUGUAGGAGGGGUGGGGGGAGGAAGAGGGACAGAGUGAGGUGAAUGUAGACAAAAACGAAAUGAUGCCAUAAUUAUUUUGAUCGAGAGGGAAGCAGGGAGCACAAAGAGAACCGGCACUCUGACUGUGCAGCUGCCAAAGUGGAAGGGGAAUUAGAGGCAGAUGACUGCUAUAAUUCCCUGCCUGGAGAAUAGAAGAAUCCAUUUCACAAAGCUCUAUCUUUAACUGACGGAGACAGUGGGAGCCGCGUGUGAGGAGGGAGGGUGGACAAAAGAGAGAGGAAGAGUUGACCAGGAGCUAUUGAGUGCUAGAAAAUUGAAAUUUUUCAAAUUACCAAAACAUCUUGCCUGCAGAGCGCAACUCAUAUAUAAUUCCCUAACAACACUGGAGUGUGUAAGGCCAGAGUUACAAGAAGUAUCCAUACUUUAUGAACAAGCAAACUGUCCUGUUUUUCUAUCCCCCUUUGAGUGGCCUGGCAAUUUGUAAAAGGAAAAAAAAAAAAAAUCUACUUUUAGGGAUUUUUCACCCUCUCACUGCAACAGUGAAGGAAAGGUUGUUCGUUUUUCUUUAAAAAAAAGAAAGAAAGAAAAAAAAAACUCUCCACAUCCUGCUUCCUCUCUGUUCACCUGUUACCAUCCUCUCCCCUCUCUCUUAUAUCUCUCUUUCUCUUCUGUCUGUCCCCCUCUAUCACUCGUCCUUUGUUGGCUCCUAAUAAUGAAAGGAUUAGUGUUGGGCUGCGUUCCCGAGAAAGAAGAAAGGAAUAUGACUUGCUAAGGCAUUAAAGAAAAGCUUAAUUAUUUUAGAAUGUCAUUAAGAGGAUAAAAAGGUUUAAAAGUCUUAAUAAGAAGGGCAAGGGGAGCGAUAGCAAAAGGAAGGAAUGAGAGAAUUAAAUGGAUGGAUAUUUUUUUUUUCUGAAUGCUACCACACAUAUGAAAAUACAUGCACACAUUCAUACGUACAGUAAACACGUUGACAGAACAAGUAUACAUAUCUCUGAAUUCCUUGUUUGUAUAAAAAAAAAGAAAAAAAGAACAGCAACAUAAAUUAAAUUAAACUUUUAAGAAAUAAGAACAGUUUACUAUUGAAACGCAUUAUGAAGCAACUAUACUAACACAGAAUAUUAGCCUAUAGAGGUGCAAAGCCGAACAAACUACUGUCCAGUGAUCUUUAAAGAAAAUAAAGAAAAGGAUAAAAAAAAUAAAAAAUCAUUUGUCUUUAUGAGAAACCAGAGGUCUUAUUGAUUUUUUUAUUAAUUAUUAUUAUUAUUAUUUGAACAAUUAUGAUUGUUGUUACUGUUAUUAUUAUUGACGUUGUUAUUAUUAUAAUUGUAAAUGUUAAAGAAAUGUACACUUCCCAUGGUUUGUUUUUGGUUCUACUGUAGAAAAAUUGCUGUCCUUUUUCACUCUUUUCCUCUUUACCUUUCCUCUCUUUCCCAGUCUUUCUCUCUCUUUGUCUCCUGUGCCUAGUCGUCUCUUCUCCUGUCUUUCACUCUUGUUUAUUUUAGAAUCCAUGUGUCACUGUUGAUAUAUAGCUAACUAUUUCUUUAUAGGGGAAAAGAUACAAAGCACGACAAAAUAAAAAAAGAAUCCAAAAAUAA